AUGGCCGACGUCCCGAUCGUCGACCUCGCGCGCCCUCUCGACGAGGUCGCGUCCACGAUCAGAGACGCGUGCGUCCGUCACGGGUUCUUCUUCGUCGUGAACCACGGCGUCGCGCGCGACGUCGUCGACGCGAUGUUUGCCGCGUCGUCGGAUUUCUUCUCCCUUCCCGACGACGCGAAGCGAACCGUCGUGCAGGACGAGAACAAUCGCGGCUGGACCCCGCACGGGGAGGAGACGCUCGACCCGAAGCACCAGACGACGGGGGACAGCAAGGAAGGGUACUACAUCGGCCGCGAGUGCGAGGACGACGAGAUCGGGCUGCCGCUUCGAGGAAAGAAUCGAUGGCCGGACGAGUCGUCGCUCGGCCUGCGCGCGUUCAGGGCGCCGAUGACGGCGUACUACGACGCGUGCGCGAGCCUCGCGCGGCGCGUCAUGCCCGCGCUCGCGACCGCGCUCGGGCUGGCCUCGAGCUUCUUCGACGACAAGUUCACGCGGCCGACGGCGCUGUUGCGGCCGCUGCGAUACGCGGCGACCGCGUCGGACCCCGCCGCCGGCGUCUUCGCCGCCGGCGCGCACAGCGACUACGGCGUGCUCACGAUCCUCGCGACGGACGGCACCCCGGGGCUGCAGAUACACGACGCGCGCGCGGCCGCGGCCGCGGCCGCCGGCGGCUCCGAGGAGGCGUGGGUCCCGGUGCCCGCCGUCGCGGACGCGUUCGUGUGCAACGUCGGCGACUUGUGCGAGCGGUGGACGAACGGCGUGUUCAAGUCGACGAGGCACCGCGUCGUCACGACGGGCGCCGGGGUCAGGCUCAGCGCCGCGUUCUUUUGGGAGCCGAACUUCGAGACGGACGUGAGCCCGCUGCGGGAGUGCGUGAGCGAGGAGAACCCGGCGCGGUUCGAGCCGACGACGUACGGGGCGUACAUACUCGGGAAGUACGCGGAGACGCACUCGGGGUUCGACGCGCGGACGCAGCGAAUAUCUUAUAGCGAAUAG